CCGCAGAUAUGGACGAGUCUCAUGCGAAGGUGACGACAAGCAAGCCCCGAAAGAAGCGAUCGCGGGCCGCCUUCACGCAUGCGCAGGUGUUCGAACUCGAGCGGCGCUUUAACCACCAGCGCUACCUAUCGGGACCUGAGCGCGCCGACCUCGCGGGCGGCCUGAAGCUUACCGAAACGCAGGUGAAAAUCUGGUUCCAGAACCGACGCUACAAGACGAAGCGACGCGCGCUGCAGCAGGAGUUGACGACGCCGCCGACUGCGCGCAAGGUCGCCGUACGCGUGCUCAUGAAGGACGACCAGCUACAGUACAAACCAGAGGAGAUCUCUAGCUUGAGACCGAUCAUGUACCCGUCAUUCCCGCUCGCCUGGUCGCCGUACGCGGCGUUCUAUCCCGGUCUACUCGCCUGCAUCCAAUCGUGCCAAUAACUUGCGGCAUGGAAGGCGAUUAAUAUAGCUGUAUUUAUUUUUCGUUAACGCUGACCGCAGGUUUUGCAUGUUCGUUAUUGAGCGUUUUCCGCGUGUACAUGCGCGCGCGCUCGCACGCACACACGCUCACACACACAUUCACACACGCACGCACAC